AUGGCCGCCGCCGCCGCCAUGUUCUCCCAGCUCUCCGGCAAGUUCGCCAAGUUCGUCUGCGGAGUUUCGUCGUCUCCGACGACGACGCCAGACGAUGACGACGACGACCGCCGCAGCCACAGGGCUGAGCUGCGUUCUUUUCUCCUCCUCUCCCCGUCGUCCCCCGAAAGACGGCCUCGGCGGCGGUCGUCCUCCUCAUCGCCGCCGUCUGUCUCCGUCCGGACGGAGGCGCCGGUGGACGAUGACGACCCCGCCACCACCAACAAUGUCACGGUGCCGUCCCUAGCCGAGGUGAGCACGGAGCAUGGCGGCCACGAGGAGGAGGAGGAGUCGGCGACCAUCCCGUGCCUUGCGUUCGCGUCGGAGCAUGGGUACAAGGUCUUCUCCCUCGCCGACAUGCGCAUGCUCGACGUCGACGUGCGGGCAAUGCCUCCGGUGCCCGGGCGUCGGCUCUUGCCGUCCCCGCGCGGCGGGACGGUGCUGGCCACGGACGUGUGCUACAGGCACCCGUGCCACCUCGCCGACCCCUUCACCGGCUCGCGCGCGCCGCUGCCGGACCUGCCCAUCCCGUUCUCGGAGAAGGAGCCCGUGGACUGCCACCGCGACGACGAGCCGCGCCCGCAGCGCUGCGCGCGCGUCACCGACGACGGGCUCGCGUGGGACUGGUCCCCGCGCGGCGUCAUGGUGGCCCGCGGCGACACGGCCUUCUUCUGCGAGCACGGCGGCGGCGGCGGCGGCGAGCGGCGGUGGACGCCGGUGCACCAGUCGCGGCUCGGCUCGCACAUGACGGUGAACUACCGCGGCGGGCUCUUCUUCGUCCUCGAGCGGCGCACGCUGGAAACCACGGUCAUCGACGCCGGCACGCUGCGAGCCCGCGCGAGGAUCCCGGCGCCGCCGGGCUUGGACUUGCACUUGGGCGGCGACGUCGACGGCGCCUACUUGGCGCCCUCGGCUGACGACGCGAUCCUCCUGGUGCGCCGCGCCGGAGAGGACAGCCGCGGCGUGCUCUUCACCGAGGCGUACCGCGCGAAGCACAGGGGCAGCCGGAGGCCGCCGAGGUGGAGGCCCGUGCACGACAUCGGUCACCGCGCCGUGUUCGUCGACGGCGCGCAUGGGUUCACAGUCACCGCCGGCCCGGCGGGGGCCAAGGCGAACCGCGUGUACGUGAUCCUCGCCCACCGGGUGACGCGCCCGUGCGGGCGCCUGGCCGUCGCGUACGACGUCGGCUUCUCCGACCUUGUGAGGCCGGGGCGCAUGGGGCGGAUGAAGCUAAACGCCGGCGAGGUUGAGCGGAUGUGGGGCCAGCCGCACUGGAUCAUACCUAGGGAUGGAUCGGAUCGUCGUCAAGGAUCCAUUAACUAAUAAUACUGUUUAUUAUAGGUAGUUACAUUAGUUUACAUACUACUAUUUGUACGUAAAAUAUUUUUUUGAAGCAUUAGAGGAAAUAAUAUGGGUUUGCCAAACAAAAUACUUUGAUUCAAAAGUUUCUUUUUA